AGUUUAAGUUACUGUAAAGAAGACGCUCGCUGCAGAAAAUAUACUUUGAACAAAAGACAUGCUGCCAAAGAAGACCAGAGACCAUCUUGCAUUCAUACAGAAUGGAAGAAAAAUGGGCCAAGCCUCCAUCUGCAUCAUGAAGGAAUGGUAAUUACACUACAGCUUGAGAGGUCAAGGCCAGAGCCCAGUUGUAACUUCUAAGCUGAAAUGGCUACAGAACAGAUGGCUCCAAUUGUGGCUGACAUAGAAGACAACAAUUAUAACAUUCUUUAUGAAGCUGAAUUGAUCCAGGAGGCGGAGGGUCAGUCCAUCCAUUUGGGAUGGCAGCUCUCUCGUGCCCUGGAGGAGAAACCUAUCGUGGGAGGAGGGAUGACUCUAUCCACAAAAUGCCUACGCAUCAUAAAGCACAAGCCGAGCGUUAUCGCCUUCUCCAAGGAGAGCGAAUGGGUAGUGAUCGCAGAAAUUGCCGGCAGGAAACUUGUCGUCUCGCGAGAGUCCAGUUUCAGGUCCAGCUCCUUUCUAGGACUCACGGGACUCAAUGAAUGCGAAGCUGUGAGUGUAUUGGAGCUCCCGCCUCAGACAGGGAGCCAUUUUGUGUCCGGCAGUCACCAAUGCGUACAAGCGCUCUCAGAAAACCAAGAACUUCAUGUCAGCGUGUGCCGUACACGCCCACGCUGUUUGGGACUGCCCUUGCCAUGGGACCAUAAGGAUGCAGAACUUGAAGCUAAAGAAGCGUGCAACUGGCUACGAGCUGCUGGCUUUCCACAAUACGCGCAACUUUACGAAGAUGCUCUGUUUCCUAUUGAUAUACCCUCUGUGAAAAAAGACCACGACUUUCUGGACAGGGACUCACUGAAAUCACUUUGCAGGAGGCUGACAACUCUAAACAAGUGUGCCUCUAUGAAGCUAGAAGUUCAUUUUCAGCGCAAACAGAGUGAAGACUCUGAGGAAGAUGACCUCUGUGCCAUCAGUGACCGCUGGGCUUUCCAGCGGGACAGUAAGCGAUGGUCGAGACUGCGCACCCUCUCCCCGCCCAACGGGGAUGGCCUCUCGUCCUCCGCGAGGACCUCCGCCAGCAGCGAGAGCGUCCUGAGCGACUUCAGCGACCUGGAGAUCUCGUCCGUCCGCAGCGGCAGCAGCCUGAGCGCCUGCAGCGCCCGGGGAGCCUCCUCCAGCGAUGCCACAGUGGCCGAGCCCGACGACGCCAUCUCCGACCCCGGGCCCCCCGACAGGCUCGCCCCGAGCGGGGAAGAGGCCACGGGGGCUCCCAGGGCCCGCCCCUGCCUUCGAGAGAAGGCCAAGAGGAGCUCCAGGGGCUUCCUCAGGCGGAUCGAGUCGUUCAGGCGAAAGGAUAGAGAGAAGGAAGUGGCCGAUGUGGGGGAAGGCCCCGCCCCCCCUUCGCCAUCUCCCGCCAGCUUGCACUGCACGCCGAACGAGAGUCUCCCAGGCCUGAAACAGAGCAGCCUGCUUUUUAGCAGGAGGGCCCGUACCAUUUGCAGGACUAGAGUGGGCCAGUCUGAUGAAAAAGGGCCAGGAAGAACCAAACGCAACGCGCGCUACUUGGAGGAUUAUGAAAUGGGCCCGAGAACGCCCGACUGGAAAGAGCUGGUGACCGGGCUCGGGAGCCGGCAAGACAACUGCCUCGUCCACCUCCCGGAGGACCACAAACCCGGCACGUUCCCCAGGUCUCUCUCCAUCGAGAGCCUGCGGCCCCUAGCCAACGACAACCUGAGAAGGUGGAGGGUGGGCGAGCUGGAUCUCUCGGUGGCCAGCAGCAGCGAUUCCCACUUAGAGGGGCUCCGCCAGAGGAGGAACUCGUGCAGCUCGGUGGGGAGCAUCUACGACAACGUGCCAGCGAUGUUCGACAGCUCCGAGGAGCUCGUCGGCCUGGAGGGGGAGAAGGUCUUCCGGCACUUGAACGACGUCCUGCAGCACGUCCACGACGUCCAGCAGAACGUCGACCUGUGGUCGAAGAGGGUCUGUCUGGAGCUGGGGGACAGGGACGACGAGGAAGACUCCGAAGAAAAGGGUGAAACGUCCUAUACCCCCGGCCUUCGUUACGAGGAACGGUCCAUGUCCGACGUCGGCACGGCGGUGAGCGAUUACGACAGCAUGGGGAACUCCCUGAACGAGGCUGAAGAGAUGCAAAUGAGGGAAAGACGAGACUCUGGAGUAGGCGCCUCCCUAACCAGGCCCAGCAGGAAACUGAGGUGGCACAGUUUCCAAAACUCCCACAGGCCCAGCCUGACCUCGGCAUCGUUGGAAAUAAACAGGCAGUCUGCCGCUCAGCUCAAUCUGUUGCAGAAAUUCUCCCUGUUAAGGCUAACAGCCAUCAUGGAGAAGUACUGCCUGUCCAGCAAGCACGGCUGGAGCUGGACGGUGCCCAAGUUCAUGAAGAGGAGCAAGGUCCCCGAUUACAGGGACAGGAACGUCUUUGGCGUCCCGCCGAUCAUCAAUGUGCAGAGGAGCGGUCAGCCGCUGCCCCAGAGCAUUCAGCAGGCCAUGCGAUACAUUCGGAGCCAGUGCCUAGACCAGGUGGGUAUUUUCCGUAAGUCUGGUGUGAAGUCCAGGAUCCAGGCUCUGAGACAGCUGAACGAGAACUCCCCGGACCACGUCAGCUACGAGGGCCAGUCGGCGUACGACGUGGCUGACAUGCUGAAGCAGUACUUCAGGGACCUCCCCGAACCCGUCUUCACCAGCAAGCUCACCGAGACCUUUCUGCAGAUUUACCAGUGCGUCCCUAAGGACCAGUGUCUGCAGGCAGUGCAGGCCGCCGUCAUCCUGCUGCCGGACGAGAACCGCGAGGUGCUGCAGACCCUGCUCUACUUCCUCAGCGACAUCGCCUCCGCCCAGGGCAACCAGAUGACCGCGGGGAACCUGGCCGUGUGCCUCGCCCCCUCUGUCUUCCACCUCAACGUUUCCAAGAAGGAGGGGACCUCUCCCAGAUUAAUCCGUAGACGGGGAGCAGCAGGUAAACCAGACCAGAAGGAUCUGAAUGAAAACAUGGCCGCUACACAGGGACUCAGUCACAUGAUUGCAGAAUGCAAGAAACUUUUCCAGAUCCCCCAUGACAUGAUGCUGCAGUCCAGGAACUCUUACAUCGCCGCGGACGCUCAGCCGCUUCCCCUGCACGGCCUGGGCUGCAGUCUGAAGGGCGAACCGGUGGACUAUCAGGCCUACCUGGAGGAGAGCAUCCAGUGCCUGUUACGAGACACCACAGAGCGAAGCAAGGGCUGGCACAGUGCCCCUGGGCCUGAGAACACUGAGCUCUCUUACAAGAAGGUAGGAGAUGGACAUCCCAUUCGCCUGUGGAAGGUCUCCACGGAGAUAGAAGCCCCGCCUGCCGCCGUGCUGCACCGAGUGUUGCGAGAGCGCCACCUGUGGGACGACGACCUGCUGCACAGCCGGGUCAUCGAGUCCCUGGAGAACGACACUGAAGUGUACCACUACGUGACAGACAGCAUGGCUCCACACCCCCGGAGGGACUUCGUAGUGUUGAGGAUGUGGGACAGCAGCCUGCCGCGCGGGUGCGCGCUCCUGGUGUCGUCCUCCGUGGAGCACGACAAGGACAAGGUGUUCCUGCAGGCGGGGCUGCGGGCGGUGCUGCUCACCUCCCGCUGCCUGAUCGAGCCGAGCGGGGCGGGGCGGUCCUGCCUGACUCACUACUGCAGAGCUGACCUCCGAGGCCGUUCCCCUGAGUGGUACAACAAAGUGUUCGGUCAUCUCUGCGCUGUGGAGGUUGCUAGGAUACGAGAUUCCUUCUCAGUCCUGGCGGCUCGGGGACUUGAGACAAAACUGUGAAAUCGGGGUGGGGGGGGGGCGUCACGAAGCCUGAGACCGGACCUGAGGUGAAGAUUGGUGUGAUUCUGUGUAAUUAUUGGCUCUGAACACAACCUUUCAUCAAAAGGGGAAUUUUAAGUUGUGUUUAUUCUCCUCAGGGAAGUGCAACAGACAAUAUCCUGCAGCCAGUGAAACCAUUUUCUGUCCGUGAGUGAAAUCCACACAUCUGGUGUUAAAUUAAGGACAUUUUUGAAAGAUUACAUUUGCCGGAAUGGAAGAGCACAACAUUAUCUUGUGGUUUAAAACUCUGGGAGUUCGGACAGAACUCCCCGAUCCCCGCCCUCUGUCCCCUGCAAAAACGAAAAAGGAAAACAAAGGAACAAGAAUUUAAAAAAUUUAAUCAACCAAAAAGCCAAGGGAAUAGAAGUAGCAUCUAUGUUCAAGGAUUUAAAGCCAUAAUUCCCAUUUGAUUACGGUGGCACUAUUCUGUCCUGAUAAUUUGUUUACAGACAGCUUCUACAAAAAAGGGUCAUUAUUAUAGAAAAAUCCCUCUCUGGUAUAUUGAUUCUGACAAGAGUGCAGUCAUCAGGAAAAGUGUACUCUUGUCACAUUAUUUAGCUAAUGCAAAUCUUUUACAUAACAUACCUCUUCUGCGCUGCUAUAUAUUAUAAUAAUAUCUUGACAAUUUAUAUUGAUUUGUAGUCACAAAAACUUAAUGAGUGGAAAAUAGUGGAUAUUUUACAUGUUCAUACUUAACAACUCAGGAGAGGUCUAUGAAUUAGCUACUGUUACUCAGAAUCUUUGUACUUUUCGUUGCUAAUUGAUGACAUUCAAAUCUUUUAUUUGAAACUGCACUGCUCAAACAAGGAUAAUAUAUUUUAGCAUUGUAAAUAAGAUUGCGUAACAGUUGAUGAAUGGUGCAUAUGUCAGCGGUCCCACAGUUAGGAAAGUUAAUUUCACUGGCAUGCCAAACAUCUGUCUGAAAGAAAGUGAAUUACAUUUGCAGAUCCAUGGACGGUGUAUUGUAGGGAAGGCAGCGUAAUAUUUUUAGCUCUUUAAACGACGUGCAAACGGAACCUUGGCUUGUUCUUUACGUUUGCAAGGAUCUCAAACAUAUAUAUAGUACAUAUUUCCCCUUAAACAGAAAUGCUGCCUUUACCAGUCAACUCCCAUUUCUUUCAAUUUCACCUCAUGAAGGUCUUUAAAAUGAGAAUAAUCUUGAUUAAUUUAUUUGGUUUUUUUUUUUUUUUUUGUAUUAUUAAUCUCUAAGGUGUUCUGAUGCUUCAUAAUUGUUACGACCGACAUGUUAAUGUUUCUGGAAGUUUUUGUUGAGCAUCCUAUUAUUUUAUCGGGAAUUAUGUUGUGGGUUCGCUGAACCAAACCAUUUAUUACUCUUCCCACUGAUAAAUCAGAGGUCAACAAGCUGUGGGCAUUGGUGUUCAGUAUCAUGGUGUCCAGAAGGAAUUAUAACAUUCUUUUAUAAUGGCACGUUGUACAGAACUGGUUUUGUGUGUGCAAGCGUGUGUGUGUGUGUGUGUGUGAGCAUGCGCACACGCAUGGGGGGAGGGGGGAUAUUGUUUUUAUGUCUCAGUGUUUUAUUUAUAUCUGUGUGUUUGCCUGUCUUUAUAAGUGGUCAUAUUGUUCCCUUUAUUAGGUAUAAUGCUUUGCGGUCAUAUUGCAUUCGUAAUGUUAAUUUGUCUGCCUCACACGCCUUGUGUUGUUGCCCUCUGCUUAUUUUGUAUAUUAAAGAACUGUCCAAAUUACAAAUACUGAAUCCCAUUAAAGUGCUUAUCAGUUACUAGACUGACCAAUAAAGAUGAUGAGGACCUCCA